CGUACAGGACCACCCCUUGAAUCCCAGCCUCUGCUCGCCUAUGCCCUGUAGUACUGGUAUGUGGUGGGACGAUUGGUGGCGUUUAUUGGGUCUCAUCAGGGCCGCUCAAGCCGGCGCCAUCCAUUCCCAGGUGCCCGGUUAUCAGGUUGAGACGAGUAAUGUUCGACCUAACUUGUUCCUAGCCCUGCUAACUCACUGCUAUUCGCAGUAUUUUGUACGCGCUGGGCGGCCAAUCCUACGUGGCCAGCUUUCAUGUGGCUUCUUGACCGCUCCGUUCCAAGCGGCCACAAAUUCGAAUUUGCGAGGGACCACGGCCGUCUUUGACCGAGUGUCCGUUCUUAUCGAUCGCAUCCCGUGACUAGAACUACGGAUACCGCUUUGAAUUUUCCGGCAGAGGAUGAAGACC